AGAGAGAGAGAGUCUGAUCGGAGCUGUGUGUGGGAUGAGAAUGUCCUCCUCCUCCUCCAGCAUGGAGCGCGCGGCCCCGGACCCCGCGGCGGCUGCGCUCCCGAUGCGCGCGGAGUUCACAGGAGACGCCGCCCGGGUCCGGUACACUCUGGUUCUGACGGAGAGGGAGCUCACGGUACAGAAGCUCGGCACCGGUAAGCGGAAAUCAGGAACGGUGACCGUACUGGACCUCCGGGACUGUAUCGGCUGCCGUGCGCACGGAGCGGACCCCGGGGACCCCGGCGCGGACCCGAGCGCGGCCUUGGCGCUGUACCUGUACCCGGUGAGGAGGCGCUGGGCUGGGCUGAGUUCAGCACCGUGCCGCCGCAGAAUGGAGCGCCGCUUCCGGGUGGCAGUGAGCCCGGACCCUCAGACGAACCUGCAGGAGGCGCAGAGAUGGGCCAGAGCGAUCCGGGAGCGGUCCUUCCGCCGGACAGGUGGUGUGUGCGCGGAGGUGAGGAGGCCCUGCCGGUUCCUGGUCCUGAUAAAUCCUCAAAGUGGUAAAGGUCAGGCCCAGGCUCUGUUCAACAGCCACGUGCAGCACAUGCUACAGGAAGCUGAGAUCACAUACACACUUCAGGUUACAGAGCAUCAGAACCACGCCCGCGAGCUGGUACGAGGAGCGGAUCUUUCUCAGUGGGAUGCUGUGGUCAUCAUGUCCGGAGACGGGCUGCUGUUUGAGGUUGUGAAUGGGCUCAUGGAGAGGGAGGACUGGGAGAAAGCCAUUCAGACUCCACUUGGCGUGCUGCCUGGAGGUUCGGGGAACGCGCUAGCUGCCUCGAUACACUACUACUCUGGGUCAAAACCGGUGUCCAGUGAGGAUCUGCUGGUGAGCUGUGGCUUCAUGUUGUGUAAAGGCCUUGUGUCACGUCUGGACCUCACUUCAGUGUGCAUGGCAUCGAGCCAGCGUCUGUUCUCCUUCCUGUCCCUCGCCUGGGGCUUUGUGGCUGAUGUGGAUGUCGAGAGCGAGAAGUACCGCCACGUCGGAGCGGCUCGCUUCACCAUGGGGACUCUAGUGCGCCUCGUCUCACUGAGGGUGUACAAAGGAAAGCUAGCGUACCUUCCUGCUGAGGAAUCUCAAUCCCCUCCAAGCCCAGUUCAGUCAACGGUGUCCUUCACUGAUGGUUCCAACUCAUCAUCGGUUCAUUCCCACUUGUCCAAGAACUUGAAUUUUCAGAAUCACCUUUUGCACAAUUCCUGCAACUCCAACAACGCCCACAAACCCAACCAGACCAGCGAGUCAUCUGUGACCACACGAGGCCUGCCCGAUUCCCUGCUUGUACCCUUGGACCAGCCUGUACCGGCACACUGGACCGUAGUGAAGGAGGAGGAUUUUGUUCUGGUGAUGGCGGUGUACCAAUCCCACCUUGCUGAAGACUUGAUCGCUGCCCCUGCAUCCAGACUCGAGGAUGGAAUUAUACACCUGAUCUACGUAAAAGCAGGAAUCUCAUGCCGAGCCCUCUUGCGCCUCUUCCUGGCCAUGGAGAAAGGCACCCACUUGAGCACAAACUGCCCAUUUGUGGUGUACACUAAAGUGCGGGCACUACGACUGGAACCCUACUCACCCAAAGGGACCAUCACUGUUGACGGAGAGGUGGUGGAAUACGGGCCGGUGCAAGCGCAGAUUCACGGCAGUCUUGGCAGGAUUAUCGCUGGAUAGAACUGCACGUAGAGAUCUUUGGCGAAAAGUCCUUAUAGUGAAUCAAAGAUCGCAGAGUCAGUUAGCGAUAAAAAGAACUAACAAAUUCCAGCACUUUAUUUUUAUUAGUAUCGAAGGAACGGGCAGCUUCUUGCCUGAAUGGAGCGUCCUUUCUUUCUUUAAAGGAUGAGUGCUUCACUUGAAAAUGCUAGCUUUGCUAAUAAUGAGUGGGCAUUGAAAGAAAUCUUAUUGAGUCCCCACAAGCUUUGACUCAUGAUUAGCAGAACAUCUUAGCAUUUGCAGGAUUGUCUUUGAAGCGAGGUACUACUUUUUUUUUUUAAACGCAACGACUUCUACUGUGUGAUCAAUCGAUGUCUGCUGCUGUUUUCGAGGUGCUACUGAUUGUCGUGACAAAACAUGUCAAGACUGAAGAGAAAUUUAUUUAUAUUUAUACUGCUGUUUCAUACACGCCAUAGACAUCUCUGCAUAUCCUGCGUUUCUGUGAGAACCCGCGAGAUUACGAUUCGGCUGGACAGGCGGAGUCAUGUACGAUGCCUUUAUUUGUUUUUUCAAUUCAGAAUUACAUUUUUUUAAAUAAAAUUGAUGAAAAUUCAAA